AUGAAUAAAGGCUCUAGCAGCUACUUUGUCGCUGCCGAUGGCAUCGAGUGCGGGCCUGGCCACGACGUAAGUAUCGGGAGCCUGGGCAAGAAUGGAGACACGGCUGCCGUGGAGUUCAUCGACGUGAGGAAUGUUCGCUUCACCAACACGAUGAACGGAGCCAGGAUCAAGACGUGGGAGGGUGGACAAGGGUACGCAAGAUCCAUCUCGUUCUUCAACAUAGAAUUCGACAACGUGGACCACACCGUGCUCAUUGACCAAUUCUACCGAGACCGCUCUGUCCAGGUACGGGCGGCCGUGGCGAUCAGCAACGUCACGUACAGCAACCUGAGGGUGAGGGGCACCUCAAGCCGGGCAACGGCCGUGGCGUUUGACUGCAGUGGCGGCGGCUGCACGGACAUCCAUGUCAACUCCAUGGUGAUCACGGGGCCAGGUGGCCGGCGAACUGUCGCCCGCUGCCGGAACGCGCCGGUGGCCGUCUCCGGACAGGUUUACCCGGAGAUCCCCUGCCGCUGCUAA